UUCCUACAACCCAAUAAUUGCUCUAGUUUUUCAAUAACGCAAAAGGCUCUGUGUAAUCAACUAGAGGAAAACUUAGCCAUUUAAGAGAUUGCAUAAUCGAUACAGGCUGUAUUAAGAAUUUGUUCCAUUAAAAGAGAGUUAUUGCCUGAAGGACUAUUGGGACUAUCAAUAUUCUAAGACAUUAUACAAUCUUUCAAAAAUAACAUCCAGAAAUAAAAAGUUUCAUUUUAAUAAUCUAAGAAUGGGCUUUCAGGCCAGAAAUGAAGAGUUGAGUGGAUUUAAUCUAUAAAAUGAAUAGGGCCUCAUUUCCUUGAAGCUCCUUCUGCUGCACCAAGAUAUCCCAAAUAAAGAAAGCAUCCCUCUGUAGAAGCCAUUCCAUCAAAAUUAUAGUAUUUAUUUUCAUUUUAAAUCUAAGGGUGCAUGGGCACUAAAUGGUACUAUUCAUUUUUAUAGGUAAGAAAACUGAGGCAAUAAGAAAUGACUAGUGUCAGCUACAAGAAAUACAUGACUACCUAUACUUGCAGUUUCAGAAGGUUCUAGUGAAUUCACAACCUCCACCCCACAGCUCCCUUACAUCUCAGUUGGUUUAUAAGAUGGUUUCAACCACUGCUGUGGAUUAUGGCUUUAAUAACUGUAAAAAUGCAAAAUCUCCCAGGAGUGGCUACAGUUUUAUCAGCCAUUCAUACUUUAGUAGUGUUUAAAUUCUCCUGUAGAGAGAAAGAAGUGCAAGGGGAAGCAGAAACAAUGAAACUGUGCACUUUAAUUUUUGCCUAGUGUUCACCCUGGAAAGAUCACUUAUUGAAGACAGAGAUUUAGGUGAAACAAGAAAAUAGAGUAGGUAGGCACCUCUUCACAUGCUAGGUAAACACAAUCCAUAAACCCGCCUCCUCAUCCAAAUCAGAUUGUAAAGUGACAAGAUGAUUUAAUAUCCUCUUCAGUUCUGGAAAACUAAAAUAUCUUGAUAGUCUCAGCACAAUGAUCUAAGCGGAUUUGAUUUGCUGCUUUGGUAAAUCAAUGAUUACAGUGAAACCACAAACUAUAUUUAGUCCACUCCAUUUAAGAAGAAAAGUCAGCAUCUUCCAGGAUGCUUUCCUUGGUGAGCUUGUACUUUUCUGAGCCUCGUCAAUAGUUAUUCAGUUGCACGACCUGAUUAUUUUGCACUUGAAAAAACAUCUUGUGAGGUUAUCUACUGGUUGCUUCAUGAGUUUUGUCUUGCUAACUAGAUUGUGAAGGAAGAUCUUACGCUUGUACAGUUUAUAAAGCUUCCCGGUUUAUAAAGCUCCUUCACACCCAGUAUCUCUUGAUUCUCUCAAUAAACCCAUGAUUUAUUGUCAUCUUCAUUUUAUAGGUGUGGAAAGAGAGGCAAACAGGUUAACAGAUACCAUUAAUCUGGUUCAGCAGCCUUUGUGCAACGUAUCUCGUUUAGUCUUCGCAAGAACCUAUGAAGUGGGCUAUUACAACCCCUACUUUGACGCGCAGAGAGUUCUUCACAUCACCUGGAGCUGAGGUCCAGACAGUAUCCUCUUACCUGCCACUACACUCUUCUCAACACCUUGGAGGACGGCAAGCAGAACCUCUGCCAAGACGGGGAGACGUGAAGCACAGUGCUUGCUAGUCAGUACGUGGCGGAGCGGCCUAAUGCCAGGUUUUGCUCAUUUCCAAUUCACUUCUCUUUUCACCACUAAACACCCACCCUCUUAAGCAAAUUUCGCGUGCUUGGCGAGCCCCCGGCAUUGCAGUAAGAGCUGGGUGACGACGACGAACGAACCAGCGAGGGGUUCUUACUCUCAAAAAGCUCAAUUCAAGGGCAGGGAAGCUUUCCCAAUAAACACAAUCAUACAUGAGCAAUGUCUCUCUCGUCAUCCCUGUCAAACUGCACAGUAAAAUCGUGCAGAGGGCGUCAAAGUGAAGGGACGCGAGAAGGCCCGGCUCGUCACUACCCCGAGAGGAAGCAGGUAAGGAAAGCAGGUUGAGACCCCAGGAAAAAGAAAGGGCAGGGGAAAUUGGCGACCGACACACCUUCCCUAGGGCGAAGGUUCUGAAUUCCGAGCGACCGUUAUAGUAGCGGAACUACGGCUUCAGGUACUCGCCCGAGUUUGUGCGAGGGCCGCAGCCUCGGUGUUCCCGGGGCUCCGUGCCCCUCGCAGGAUCUGAUUGGACGACCGAGAAAAGGAGGCGGGGAGACCCCUAGAGAAGGCGCGCGCGCAGAGCGGCCGCGGAGGUACCCAGGGGGCGUAGGGGCGGGAGCAGGCCUUGGGGGAGUCGCGCGUGCGCACGUCGGCAGGCGGCAGGCAGGGGGCUCCUGGGAGAGCGGGGCAGUUCGAGAAACGGGUGGGCGCGGGAGAGGCCCCGGGGUGCGCGUGCGCGUCUGAGCCCGAGCCGCGGGAGGAGGCGGGAGCUGAGGAGGCGACAGAGGGGGCGGGUCGCGUCCGGCGCCACGUCCGCAGCCAGAGGCCGACGCCUCCGUCAACGGGGACUUCUGCCUCCACAGCUUGAGGAGGCGCCUCCAGGUCCGCAACCGCCCGGGGCUGUGCCAGCCACCCAGGCUGCCUCAGCCCUUCUCGGUGCUGCCCGCUCCCUCCGCCCGGCCUCGGCCCCAGGCGGGGGCCCCCGACCCCGGCGGAGAUCAUGAAUCAGGCAGAUAAAAAUGAACAAGAAAUCCCAUCUUACCUUAGUGAUGAACCACCAGAAGGAUCAAUAAAAGAUCACCCACAGCAGCAACCAGGCAUGUUGUCCCGUGUGACCGGGGGUAUCUUCAGUGUUACAAAGGGAGCUGUUGGUGCCACCAUUGGUGGUGUGGCUUGGAUUGGUGGAAAGAGUCUGGAGGUGACCAAAACAGCUGUUACAACUGUGCCUUCCAUGGGAAUCGGGCUGGUGAAAGGAGGCGUGUCUGCUGUGGCUGGAGGUGUUACAGCUGUUGGGUCCGCUGUUGUAAACAAAGUGCCCUUAACAGGAAAGAAGAAAGACAAAUCUGACUAAAAUAUGGAGAUACAUUUGCUCUCCACAGCAUUAUGAUGCCAGUGGCAUUGAAUUGCUAAAUUAUGGACUACAUCUAUUUCAACUGUUUUGGACAUUUUAUCUUCUAAACUGCUGUGUUGAAAGUAUUGAUGACUGGCUUUCGUCUAAAAAGAAGAGACCAAUACUAGCACAGUGUAUGAAGGUUUCUCAUACUUAAAUUCCAGCUUUUAUCUGGUGAAAUGUUACACUUACUCAGUUGUAACUGAAGAUAUGAUAUAUUUGAAUAUUUACUAUAAGUCUUUUAGUUUAACUAAAAAUGUGAAAGUUGAAUUUAGUGAUGAUCUUUAUAGUUCCAUAUGUAUAAUGUGCCAGGUAACUCAUCUGCCCCUUAAGAAGGGAACCUUGAACUACAUAAACUGUAACUUUGAUGUGCCUAAGUUUCAGAUGUCUUAGUUUUGUUUUUUUUAUAACCAUAGUUAAUUAGGCCAAGAGGCAUUCUUUUCUUAUUUAAGCUGAUAAAAGUAGCAGGACUUAGAGAAGUUUAAGAGAAAAGAUAAGUGGUUUUCUGAUACUGAGUGUUAACCAUCUUUUGUUAGAUAUGCAUUAUAUUAAUUUAAUCAUUGAUGCCUUACAAAAGAAAACAUCUAGUACCAUAAAUAUGUGCAGUUUUUAGACUUAUACAUGGAUUGUCUUACAAAUUGUUUGUGAAAUUGGUUUUUCCUCUUAAAGAAUCUCAGGAGUUGUGGGGUAAAGGUAUUUCUCGCUCUCAGCAGAUAAGAGUGUUAACUGUCAGUAGUUCUAACCGAAUUGUAUGCUUCAACCUGGGUUCCCGCUCCAUCAUCAGGACACCUCACAGUGCCUAAGGAAUGUUUCUUUGCUGGUCAGAAGCUAUGAUGGAAGAGUUUCAGAUUAAGGAAGAACAAAUAAAGUUCUUAAGAAUUACCUAGAACAUCCAAGAUAUAAAAAGAAUUCUAUACACCUAUUUUAUCUCUAGGAUGGCUUAAAUUAUUAGCAGUACCCCCUUUUAAAAAUAUAGUAAAAGCAACCAUAAAUAUGGGGGGGGCUGACUUUUAAAUUGAAUAAAAUGGGCUCCAUAAGUUAGUUUUGAAUGUAAAGCAUAUAUGUAAGUGCUUUCAAUGGUUUAUAGGCUUUUAAAAUAUAUUAUCUUACCAUCCUUUAAACAGCUGUAGAUUUUGUACCAUUUUCCAAGUCAAUUUUAGGCAAGGAAUUGAAGUGUUUGAUUAUGGGUAAGUGUGUCAUGUCUUAUUAACAUAUCUCAUCAUGUCUCAUUCAUUCUCAAAGGAUAUGACUUAGCUGGAAUUCAUCUUUUUGUUUUUUCAUGUUCAGUUUCAUAAAUUUAAAAAGUAUAUAUAUGAUAUAUAUGAGAUUAUAUAUAUACAUAUAUAUAUGUAUAUAUAUAUGUAUAUAUAUCAUAUAUAUAUGGCAAUUCUCUUAACUAAAGGUUAAAUCCAAACCUGAAAAAAAUCUUAGUUUUCUUUACACUUAAGUCUGGAAAUAUGCCUUCAUUCUGCAGACAUUUUUUUUUUUUCCUUGCGAGGGACAGGAGGAAAAGUGUGAAGUUCUGGAGAAAAUAAGUCAAAUAGCAUUCCUGAGAACUUAAAAACAAUCACUCUGAAUUCAAGGCUUAAAUGUAAACGACUGAGUUUUUCAUUAAUAAUGUGGAUUAACAAAUGGAUAAGAACAUAACUUUUAAAAGCUUCC